AUGUCACCACCCGUCGGCCGUGGCAGCCCUAUCGCCCAGCUCCAGCUCGGACUCCGAGUCUGGUCUCAUCCCCCGGAGCUCACCAGAUCUCUCAUUUCUUGCCGACUUACAGGGAGGAGGCCUCGCGAUUUUCAAUUGACCAGACGGAGAUCCGAGGCAAGGGCAGCAGAGUCCAAGCGGGUGAUCACACGUCUCGUUCUAGUAGACAGCCAUCGCAAACAAGAGACAAUCAUCGCAAACACCUCCCUGAAGCCUCCGAACAACGAGAAGGAAAUUGAGAAAUGUCCACAUCGGACUGUAAGACCUGCAAGCGCGCUGCCGCAUGUGCGAAGAAGAAUGUUAGCACCCGGGCCGCGCCUUUUGACACUCCUCUUAGCCUUCAUCGAGAUUCGUGAUCCCCUUCCCUCGGCGCAAUCGAACAUCUCCUACUGCGUAUGCAAAAGAAACCAUAAAUCUGUCACAAGACGCCACGGGUUCUCGAGCGAGUCCGCAUCUUGUGAUGCCCGAGUUGCCGUGGGAUCCGGGGCUUCCAUUAGGUGGCACUUUACGACAGACUGA